AUGGAAUCUAAAAAUAUUGUCUUAAUAACUUAUGGCAAUGUUAAAGUUGUGAGGUACAAUAAACCGAAAAAGAGAAAUGCUUUGGACAUUAACAUGUAUAUGACAGUAUCAAGAAUUUUAGAAGAAGCCGCAAGAGAUGAUGAUAUUAGUGUAGUAGUUUUGACAGGUACUGGUGGCAUUUAUAGUAGCGGUAAUGAUAUCACGGCUCCUAGAAAAUCUGAAGGUGCCUAUGACCUGUUUUCCGCACUUAAUGAUUUCAUCAGAUCUUUUAUCAACUUUCCGAAAAUUUUGAUAGCUAUGGUAAAUGGUCCAGCUAUUGGUAUUGCAGCAACAACAUUACCUCUAUGUGAUUUGGUUUAUGCCUCAGAAAAUUCAUAUUUUUACACUCCCUUUACCAAGCUGGGAAUUGUGCCGGAAGGAUGCUCAACAUUUACCUUUCCAAGAAUUAUGGGGGAAAGAAAGGCAGUUGAAAUGCUAAUGUUUAACUACAAGAUGCCAGCAGAAGAAGCCUUGAAGUGUGGCCUUAUUAAUGGUGUUUUUAAAGAAGAGGAACUGCAACAAAAAGUGUGGGACAGAAUUAAAAAUGUGACAAAUUUGAGAUUUGAAUCACUAAUAGAGAGCAAGAAGUUACUUAGGGGUCCAAUUAGAGAUAAGUUAUUAGAAAUCAAUGAUAUUGAGUUAAGGUCAGUUAAAUACUUAGUUAACAGAAGCAAAAUCUAA